GGACCUUCUCGGCGAGGAUGCCCGGAGCGGCUGCAGGGACGGCGGCGACAGGAGCAGGCUCGUCAGGAGCAGCAGCAGCGGGGAUGCUCCCAGCUCAGGAGGCGGCCAAGAUCUAUCACACCAACUACGUGCGGAACUCGCGGGCCAUCGGCGUGCUCUGGGCCAUCUUCACCAUCUGCUUUGCCAUCGUCAACGUGGUGUGCUUCAUCCAGCCGUACUGGAUCGGGGACGGCGUGGACACCCCGCAGGCGGGCUACUUCGGGCUCUUCCACUACUGCAUCGGCAACGGCUUCAGCCGGGAACUCACCUGCCGGGGCAGCUUCACGGACUUCUCCAGCCUGCCCUCGGGAGCCUUCAAAGCUGCGUCCUUCUUCAUCGGGCUCUCGAUGAUGCUCAUCAUCGCCUGCAUCGUCUGCUUCAUCCUCUUCUUCUUCUGCAACACAGCCACCGUCUACAAGAUCUGUGCCUGGAUGCAGCUGACCUCGGCUGCCUGUCUCGUCCUGGGUUGUAUGAUUUUUCCUGAUGGCUGGGAUUCAGAUGAGGUAAAACGGAUGUGUGGUGAAAAGACAGACAAGUACACGCUGGGGGCUUGUUCAGUCCGCUGGGCAUAUAUCCUGGCAAUUAUUGGAAUCUUGGAUGCCCUGAUCCUCUCAUUUCUGGCAUUUGUGCUUGGAAACAGACAAGACAGCUUGCUAGCAGAGGAGCUCAAGUUGGAAAACAAAGAUGAUGGAAAUGCUUAAAACAAGUUAAGGUAGUAUGACACAGACUAACUCCUACUAAGCCAAUCCUCACUAGAAUGAGCACAAAACAAAACGAAUAACAGCUUUUGUACAUCAACAUUAAAAUGGGAAGAAGCUUGGGAAAGCCUCUGACAGAGAAGAAUGCUGACGAGUGCAAAAAUGCUUGAUGGAUAAGCACCACCUUCUAAACAUAGAUCAGCCAGACGUGGAAGUGAUUUUCAGAAGAGAAAUGCAAUCAUGGAUUACACACCAGCUCAUUAGAAACUGUUGCUGAAUACAGCAUCCAGAAGACAUGCAUGAAAAGUCACAUUUGGGGAAUAAAUUAAAAGGGGUGUAGUUGUUGCUAGAUAAACAUAUGUAAUAUAUAUGCAUUGAAGAGAUUUGUAAAUGUCAUUUUUUUUAUUCGGACAGAAAGCAAAAAGCUUUAAAACCUUUCACAGUAGAGAGGCAGUUAACUCCUAUCCCAGUAGCCAAGAAGCUGAUAAGACAUCUCUCUUUAAUUAGCAUUUAUAGACUCUGAAUGUUUCCAUCACCUAGUGGAAAAAAGCAUAACUUUUACUGCUACAUUGCUGCACUUCAUUUACUUCACUGUAUAAUAAGUUGACUAAAACUGUAAAGCUUCUCAAUUUUUACUGCAUAUGUGUUCCAAUUAAUCUGUCUGUAACAAACUUAAGACUCAAAAAUUAUUUCUGACCUAUAUUCUAGUUCUAUGAAGCAUAUAUACUAUAAGGUAUGUCUGACUGAAUAUCAUAAUACUAUAAUUUCCCAAGAUGCAUAGAAUUGUUUGUAUUUGAAGUGACAAAAUAAAGGCCCUUGAUUUCCUUUUUAGUAGGAAAAAAAUAAUUUACCCCUUAAAUGUAGCAAACAGCUGUUCAUUCCAGGGGCAUUUCUGCUGUUCUCUUUGUUCUGCCAUGUAGCUGCUGAGUGAUGCUCUCUGGCCUGUGCUAACACCAGUCGGAUGAGAUGAUCUAAUGAUUCCCUCCACAGGGGCUCAGCAGGUCCCAAAGGACACUCUCACUUCUAGAAGCCACUGAGAAGUAAAACAGGAGUAGGCACAGAGUAUGAGGAAAGACCUUAUAGCAAAAUGCCAAGCGCCAGGCACAGAGCAACAGAGGGAAGCAGAGAGCCCCUCUCCUCUGCUCCUCUCCAGCACCUCCCAGCAAGGCACACAUCUAUCCUUGCUCAGGACUGGGCAUGUCUUCUGCCCUCCCCUGUGUAUCACAUAUGAAUCCAGCCCAAAAUGAACACUGCAAUGCUAGUUUCUUCAGGUUUUUUUAAGCCUGUUUCUUCAUUCUUUGGCUUUCAGGGGAAAUGGUUAAAAUAAUAAUUAAUUGCUAAUGUUGAUCCCCAGUAAUGCAACAUGCUGAAGACAUGAGGUAAACAUGAGUUAAAACUGCUUUUUAACUAUUGGCUGCAUAACACAAAUUUUUCUGGAAUUUAGUGCAUGAAUCUCAGAAAAUUUAUUUUAUUUUUGAAUGAAAAUUUAUCUUUAAGCAAACUGCCAAUAAACAAAUACAGGGAAUUAGAUAACUCUUCUGUCUAACUACCAAGGUACCAAUGUGGUGCUGCUUGUCUUACAAACUGAAUGCUGAUGUGGAUGUCAGCCAAGUAAAUUUGUGUGAAUCUAGGCAGCAUUAAAAAAACAAACAAACAAACAAACAAAAACCCCACCACUUUUUUUAAUCCAAAACUGCUCUUGUAACUGUGGGUAGAAAACUCUCCUGAAUUCUAUAGGACUGGCAUUUGAGCUGGUCAAAAAACCCACCCAAAUCAGUCAACCACCAUAAACAUAUUCUCAGUACCUGCUACUGACCCAAAGGGAAUGGAAGGUAAAAAUCAAGUAGUUUACACAUGAGGCUGCAUAAAUGCAUUAAGGGCCCACUUCAGACAGGUUUUUAAAUCUGUGAUUAGUCCAACCACUGUCAGCUGGAAAACGCACAUCCUUAAGAGCCAGGUGCAUUCAGGAGUCCCUGUUAAAUGGUGUCUCAGUGAAGCCCAUCCUCAUUCUCUGCUCUUUCUGGCUCACAAUCACACUCACACCUCAAAGCCUGUGAAAGGGUUUGCUAUCUGGAUGUGCUAUUGUGUCACUAUCUUCAUUUGCUCCUUGAGUUUACCUCUACCCCACAUUACUGCAGUCACAGCACUUUUGCUGUGACAGAAAUCACUGAAACAGGGUUUCUCUGUAUUAAAUUAUUUUGUUUUGCAUCAUGGUGACGGUGUAAUGUAAAAACCUUUCUAAAUAUACACAAACAUUUCAAAAAAAGUGUCAUCACAAUACAUCACAACCCUGUCAGGGCAGCUCAGUGAAUAUGUACCAUUUGUACACAGUCAGAAGGAGAGACAUACCAGGAUGUACAUCAUUAAAUGUUGAUUCAGUAAGAAUAGUAUGUUUUAUCCUUUUAAAUGUUACCACUUUCCCAUCCCACUAUUGUAACUUGUCAAUUGUAAUUUUUUUUUAAGUCAACAAACUGUAAAGAAAACUGUUGAAAUACCUGAUUUUCUGUAAAAAACAAUGACAAUAAUUUUUGUUACUUUAAAGUAUGCUUGGUAUUAAAUUACCUAAUAAAGUUCAACAAUGAAUUUUGUAGCAUACUAAAA